AUGGUGUUCUUCUGCUUCCUGGUAGACCAGAGGAGGACGGUGAGGAGCACGAAGCCGGCGGCGGGGAUCUGUUCGCGGUGCGGCGGCGGCGCCCGCGUGGCGGACAUGGAAACGGCCACCCGCUUCUGCUACGUCCCCGUCCACCGCCGUGCGUGGCGGGCCAUCAUCUGCACUCCCUGCGGCGCUGUCCUCAAAUCCUACCCCCACUGCUCCGGCCUCGCCGCCCGCCGCCGCCGCCGCCCCGGGUGA